CAUAAUAAUAAUAGACCGAUAACCUAAGUCUGUUAUAAGUCCUCAGAAACCGUCAACGCAGCGAGGUGCACGGAAAGGACGAUGAUCGUAUAUAAUAAUAAUAUUUUCAUAUAUAUGUAUAUUAUUAUAUUGUGCAGCCGCCAGGUGGUACCGUUUCGUCUGGUCAACUUGGCACCAAAGUUACCAGCUGCUAAAUCGGCCGUGAUCAUGGACAGACCAAAAAAGAAACCAGCGCCGUGUUACGUGUGYGGUCGACUGUUUGGGACAGCAUCCAUAGGGAUUCACGAACCUCAGUGUCUGAUCAAGUGGACCCGAGAAAACGAUAGCUUAGCUCCACAUCUCCGACGACCUGUGCCCACUAAACCGGAAGUGAUCAUCGACGAAGUGACGGGCAAGGUGAACCAACAGGCUACCAGAGAAGAACACUGGAAAUCGUACUUAUCACAGCUCGUUCCGUGCGAUCGGUGCAAACGGACAUUCGACCCGGACAGGUUAGAAGUGCAUCAGAGAAGUUGUAAAGGAGUGACAAAUAAAUGAAAACCAUAUUAUUAUUAAAACUAAUAGCGUCUAUAAUAAUAAUUAUAUGUAUAAAUAAUAUUAUUCACAGUUUAAUUAUCUUUGAAAAAAGGUUUUGUAUAGUUAAAGUACCUAAUACCUAUAGUACUUAAUUAUGUUAGUUAUUUGAUUAUUUAAAUAUUUGAUGUAGUGUAAAUUUAAGACGACCCUACACAAGAGACGUAUUUAGUAAUGUUGCGUCCCAACUCCCAGGUAAGGAAAAAAAAACGCCACCUUCCAAAUUUCUUUAGCAAUAGCCAAUAAGUGUAUUAGUAAGAAAAAACAUGAUAGUUCAUUAGUAUCUGAGUGUAAUUACUUUUUUACCACCCAAAUGACCUAUGUACCGUAUUAUAUCAAAAUGCUCUCCAAAAUUUACCACCCGGGGCCCAAGCCUACCCCCUCCCUGACGCCCCUAAAUACGUCACUGCGCUACACUCGCAUAUAUGUUAUUCUGAAUAAUCCAUUUGUUAUGAUUAAUAUUAGAGCAAAUUAAUCUAUUAUAAAAUUUGUUAGUAAYAUUAAGAGUAGGUAGGUAUUAGGUAUCUAUAAGUGAGAUGUGAACCUCGUAUGAUUUUUUUUUUUUAAUUUUAAUUUUAAAGCAAACUAUGUUUUAAAACUGGCAUAACUAUAAAAGUUAUAAAUAAAAUAUUUUUUUUUUU